UGCGAGCCUGCGGGACAUGCCCCCGGCGCCGGCUCCUUGCUGGCGGCCAUGAAGAGGCAGAACGUGCGGACUGUGUCCCUGAUCGUCUGCACCUUCACCUACCUGCUGGUGGGCGCCGCCGUCUUCGACGCCCUGGAGUCCGACCACGAGAUGCGCGAGGAGGAAAAACUCAAAGCCGAGGAGAUCCGGAUCAAGGGGAAGUACAACAUCAGCGGCGAGGACUACCGGCAGCUGGAGCUGGUGAUCCUGCAGUCGGAGCCGCACCGCGCCGGCGUCCAGUGGAAAUUCGCCGGCUCCUUCUACUUUGCCAUCACGGUCAUCACCACCAUAGGCUAUGGGCAUGCUGCCCCAGGCACCGACGCAGGCAAGGCCUUUUGCAUGUUCUACGCCGUGCUGGGCAUCCCCCUGACUCUCGUCAUGUUCCAGAGCCUGGGCGAGCGGAUGAACACCUUUGUGCGCUACCUGCUUAAGCGCAUCAAGAAGUGCUGUGGCAUGCGCAACACCGAGGUGUCCAUGGAGAACAUGGUGACCGUGGGCUUCUUCUCCUGCAUGGGGACGCUGUGCAUCGGAGCGGCCGCCUUCUCCCAGUGCGAGGAGUGGAGCUUCUUCCACGCCUACUACUACUGCUUCAUCACGUUGACUACCAUUGGGUUCGGGGACUACGUGGCCCUGCAGACCAAGGGUGCCCUUCAAAAGAAGCCGCUCUACGUGGCCUUUAGCUUUAUGUAUAUCCUGGUGGGGCUGACGGUCAUCGGGGCCUUCCUCAACCUGGUCGUCCUCAGGUUCUUGACCAUGAACAGCGAGGAUGAGCGGCGGGACGCUGAGGAGCGGGCUUCGCUGGCAGGAAACCGCCACAGCAUGGUCAUCCACAUCCAGGAGGAGGCCCAGCAGGGCCGGCCGCGGUACAAGGCGGACGUCGCGGACCUGCAGUCGGUGUGCUCCUGCAUGUGCUACCGCUCGCAUGAGUACCGCCCGGCGGCCCACCAGAACUCCUUCAGCACCAAACUCGCCCCCCAGUACUUUCACUCCAUCUCUUACAAGAUGGAGGAGAUCUCUCCAAGCACACUGAAAAACAGCCUCUUCCCAUCGCCCAUUAGCUCCAUUUCCCCCGGGUUACACAGCUUUACCGACAACCACAGGCUGAUGAGACGGCGGAAGUCCAUCUAGGGUGGGCGAGGGACACAGACAGUCAUGUCAUACUUGACGUUCAGUGCCGUUGGCCCAGCUCCUCUUUCCUUUGUUAUUUAUUUGUUGUUCCAUCCUCACUGGUUAUGUUGUUGCUGUCAUGACCCCUCUGCCCCUUCUUUCUUCGUUUCAUUUCUCCCCCACCUCUCCCGCGAGGCAGAGCAGGCCAAGGGAAAAUAAAGCCUGUCCUCCUCUGAAACUCGCAUCUGAGCAUGAAGCAUGGAUUCCUUCCUU